GCCAAAAAUUGAUAAGAAUAAUUACCUUCAAAACCUGCUGUCCCCAAUAUUGGCAGUUCCAAGCUAUCAUUCACAAUGUCUCGCCCGAUGAAGACAGUUUUUCCGGUUCUGUUCCUGUUGGCCCUAGCGGCUAAACAAGUGCAACCUUUGAAUUGUUACUUCUGCUCCUCGGAGAAAAGCUGGAGUGACUGCCAAUCCCAAGUUCAAGAGGCGGAGUGCACUAGCUUUCUGGUGAACGCCCUACAUUCCCAACUGCUGGUACUGAACCCCUCGCUGCCGGUGAUGGAACCAUCCGGAAAUGUCGGCUUCAAAUGUACCGAGCAUCACAUGAGGGUGGAUGGCGAACAGGCGUUCAUGCGCGCCUGCACCUACGCCUCAGUGGACGUCUGCGCAGGCUGGAAUCCGCUGCUGGAGGUGAGAACCUGCGAAUCCUGCACCACCGACUUGUGCAAUUCGGCCGUCAGCCGCCUGGCUCUGCCCCUGGCAGCACUUCUCGGGUUGGUAUUUCUCGUGACGAAGCUCUAGAAGACCGGAUAGUGAUUUGAUAGCAAAGUGAAGUCUAAGUUUUGACAGCAAUUUCCAUCAAUAAUACUAAAUUCUAAUAA